AUGCGUAUUCAAUGGAUUGUGUCCAUUGUGUCCAACCUGGUGUCCAUGGGACUCCUAGUGAUUGUUAUGGGCCAGUAUCAGGUGCUGAACAUCCAAAAACAACGUGAAGAAAAGCUGAAAACGGAGGUACAGAGACUUGCUAACGAGUACGCAAAUGAUGACUUAUCGAAAGUGACCAUGGAAAAGCUGCUGGCUGACGGGAAUAAGACAAUGACAGAGCUGGAGGCUGCAAUGGCCAAACUCAGCCCAGAGUUGGAGAAGAAGAGAAAGGACGUUGAUGCUUGUCAGGCUGAAAAGGUGAGGAGUUUCUUUCAAUUUCCAAAAAUAAUUACUCUAACCAGACAGUGCUUAUUUUCUAUUUUUUAUCCAAUACAUACAAACAUGAACGAUUAA